GGCUGGUGUUCCGGCGGAAGUGGCCGUUGUCCGGGGAGACGCAGCGCUGUGGCGGCGGCCGGGGCCGGGCCGAGGAUGUGGUGGCCGCCGCUGCUGCUGGUGCUGGCCUUGCUCGGUCGGGCCCUCCCUGCAGGGUCGGUGACGGAGCAGAGCGCCAGCGGGCAGUCCCGCUCCCCCGAGGGCGGCCCCGCACAAGACGGCGGCGAGCCGGUGCGGUACCGGACGGCGGAGAUGGCGGACGCCAUGCUGGGCAGCGGGCUCCCCGAGCAGCAGGCCGUGGUGCUCUCGGUGGUGCCGGGGGAGGUGAAGGAAGGCCAGGCGCCCGCCGUGGCCAAGGGGGCUUGCGAGGCGGCGGGCGGAGGCGAUGGGUGCGGCGCGGGGAGCAGCCCGGCGGGGGCCCCGGGUCAAGCCGGGCUGGAGACGGUGCCACCCGCUCCAGCCGAGGAACCGAACGGCACCGACAGCGCCAAAGCUCCCAAAGUGAACUGUGAGGAGAGAAACAUCACCGGCAUCGAGCACUUCACGCUGCAGAUCCUGAACGUGUCUCAGGACCUGAUGGAGUUCUUGAACCCAAACAGCAGCGACUGUACCUUGGUCUUGUUCUAUACGCCCUGGUGCCGCUUCUCUGCCAGCCUGGCACCUCAUUUUAAUUCUUUACCUCGAGCUUUCCCAACUCUUCGAUUCCUGGCCCUGGAUGCGUCUCAGCACAGCAGUUUAUCAACUAGAUUUGGAACCGUGGCUGUACCCAAUAUCCUCCUUUUCCAAGGUGCUAAACCCAUGGCUAGAUUUAAUCAUACGGACAGAACGCUGGAGACGCUGAAAGACUUCAUUUUUAAUCAAACAGGUAUAGAAGCCAAAAGCGAGGUGGCUGUGACCGAGGCAGACUGGGAAGGUCCCUUGCCCAGUGUUUUGACCAAAGGCAUAGACUGGUUGCUCCUCUUCUCCUUGCUUUUCCUGGCUGGUUUUGUCAUGUACGCUACCGUCCGCACGGAGAGCAUCCGCUGGCUCAUCCCGGGGCAGGAGCACGAACACCAGGAAUAAUCCCCCCGUGCUGGAAAAGGGACAGAAUUUCCCACUUAAUUGGUAAAGUGGGAAUUUGUACGGACUAAAAGUACAGAAGAAUGAACUGUUGAAUCUGGUGGUUGUAAUUUAUAAGCUUGACUAAAAAUCUGCUUUAUUUAUCGACCGAUGAAUCUGUAUAAAGCGAUGAAUGCGGUAAGUAAACAAAUAUGAGAAAACAUGAACUAAAGAAGUAUUUAUUAAGCUGCUCUGAUGGGCUUAUUUUUCAUGGACUUGAAUGGAAGUAGGUGGUAGAGCUCGACUUUGCUCUUCUGAAGAGUUCCUGGUGCUUUGUGAACGGAGUGAGGUUUUCACAGCACGUUGGCCUGUGCGUGUGGCGCUGCUCGGUGGAGCUGUCCCCUCUGGUGGAAUCUGGGCAUCAUCUUCUGCAGAUCCUCCACGUAAAGCUACACGGACGAUGUGGUAGCCACUGGAAUCAGGAUGUGUUAGCCCACGUCAUACUCAGUUUUUUGGUUCAUGUAUUCCCAAAAUACAGCAUUUUUAAAGAAAACGGUGGUGAAUGGUGAUGUUGCUAAAAAAGUUUGACUGGCAGUAAAAUGAACUAUGAAGAAAAAAAGAUGUUUUAAAAAACCAA